AUGGAAGAAGGAAGCACAAGAAGAGUAACGUGCAGCAUUUUAUCCGUAGACCACACCGAUAUGUUUUACAGAGUGUGUGCGGUUUGCGAAAGGACUCUUUCCGAUCCCACUUUCAUCUGCCACUCCUCCAACCCUCCGUCCAAACGACUCUUCCGCAUCCUCAUGUCAGUUGCCACAGAUACCGAGGUUCUCACCGUUGUCUGCUUUGAUAGAGUUGCAAGACUCCUCUUUGGCUGCUCCGCCGAUGAAUUCUUCCACUUUGCCAAACUUAACCCUUUUUCCGGGGUCACUCUGAAUGAAGUAAUGGAGGGAGAGAUGUUCACUAUGAUAUUAUCCAAAUCAAUGAAUGCGAACGCACAACAUAUCAGAGUUGCGUCCGCUGUUCCUCUGAGCUCUUCAUUUCAACCCGCAAUUCAACUUUUGAAACAAUGCUAUCAAACGCCACACGCUUCCUAG